AUGACGCAGAGGCUGCCUGACAGUUUUAUGAACAUGCUGAUGGGUGAAGAUCCGCCAAAUAAUGUGAAGCUGCGACAGGCCGACAGCGGGUUUCGCAGGCUGUGGGAUGUGGAGUUGGUGAUCAAGGAGGGCCACAUGUACUUGUCUCGUGGGUGGGAGAAGUUCUACCGUGCCUACGACCUGCGGCUGGGGUACUUCCUUCUCUUCAGGUACGACGACGACGCCACCAUGCUCAUCGUGAAGGUGUUCAACGUGACUAUGUGUCGCAUGCGCUACGCUGAAGAUUAUGAUGCCGGUGGAGCCAUGGUGAGUGAAGCUGCAGGAGUAGCAAUGGAGUCCCACGGUGGCGGCGGGUCUAACCCGUCGGGUAGCUCUCAGUACGCGGGGGAGCCGACGGCUUUUGUGCCGACGCCCGAGCGGCCGGUGUUGCGUUUAAACUCAAAGCUAUCAAGAGCUUGCAAGCAGCCUGACACCCGCACUACCCUAGAAAACGCAACGGCAAAACAUAUGGAUCACAGCAAGAACUGCGACCAUGGCCUGGCAGAGAUCGAAGCGCUGCUGCGUCGGGAGCAGGAGCUCGUGACGCAGCUCCGAGCGCUCAUCCUUCCACAACUCCACAACGUGGAUAGCGGGUCGGCCGAGCUCGCCGCCCAGCUCUUCGACGACGUGAUCGGCUGCAGCACCAGCGUCGUAUCUAAGCUCUUCACUGCUGGAAGUGGAGCGACCAUCGAGCUCAUCGACGACAAGUCCUUAGUGAGGAAGAAAAGCCCUAGUACUGCUGCUGCUGCUGCUAUCGAUGACAAGAUGGACGAACAGGCGAAGCCUAGCUGCAUCGUUGGUCGAAAGAGAAGGAGGAACGACGGCAAGCGAUCAAGAUCACUCGUGACCAAUGUUCCGCAUUAUGAUGGUCACCAGUGGAGAAAAUAUGGGCAGAAGAACAUCAACGGAAGGCAACAUGCUAGGAGCUACUACAGAUGCACCUACACAGAACGGAACUGCUCAGCAACUAAGACAGUUCAGCAACAAGAUCGAGAUGGCGGCGGUUCUAUUUAUUCCGCAGACGCUGGUGAGGAUCAGGGUGCAAAGUACACUGUCGUGUACUACGGUGAUCACACAUGCAAGGCCGGCGACAACAUCAGUAACAACAUUAUCGAUCAUCUGCCCAAUCUUGUAGAUAUAGAUCUUCGGAGGGGUGAAACAGAGCGAGUAACGGCAGAAAUUUCAGAGUUCGACAUGGAAUUAGAUGUGCCGGCUCUGCUAGAGGUGUUCAACAAUUCUCAGCUGAAUUGGGAGAUCGUAUGCUAGCCAGUUAGUAGACAUAUUUGUUUAACUUAAGCAUGUUUGGGUGAGUGCUCAAAUUUGAUGGUAAAUUAUUUCAAUGGUUCUU